AUGGAGGUAAUCACUGAAACCAUCAUGAUAACCACCACUUUCCUGCAUAAUUUGGCAAGAAUCCCCAACGGCCUCUGGGUCGUCAUCAGCAUUGUGGUCAGCGGUCUUUUGGCCAUGGGCUUUUAUGCCCUGAAGCAGAAGGGGGAUGCGAAGGCCAGGGAGGCCAAGGAGGCUGAGGAGGCCACCCCCCUCCAAAAUCUGAAUCCGGCCCGCGCGGCCGAGGACAUCCCCGCUGGCCCCGGCUUGGGUGGGCCCUCAAGCCCCGACGAUACCGACCUGGCCCUGCCUGCAGCUAACGGGACCCCAGUGGCCCCCGUGACGCCUGGGCCCGCGACCCCCAGAAAGCCCGCAACGCCUGGCUCGGCUCCCUCACCAAAGAGCCCCUCGUUCAUGGGCAAUCUUGUUAUAAGGCUGAAAGAUCCCGCCGCCACGAGCAACUCAUUGGCCAGUGUUGGGCGCACCAUUGCCCAUGGUUUGAAGCAGCUCGGCGAGUCCCCCGCAUCAGGGGUUAUGGUACCGACGGCGUUCCUCUGUUGUUUUGUCCGAUUUCUUCUCUUCCAGAACCUCAGCGAGGUGAGAUGA